CUUAUCUCAGCUGAUGUACUUUAAAUGUAAACUGUGUAAUGAAGAACAUAUUUUACAAACAACAAAUACACAAAGUUUACUAUACUAAUUUAAUUCAUAUCCAUUUAUCUGCUCUGUUUUUAAAAAAAUAGACUUUAAAUAACAUACUAGAAAUACAUAGAACGUAAAUAUUUUUUGUAACUUUAUAAAGUGAUAAUUGUGUAAUAUAAAAGCGAAAUCUACAUGAGCUUACAUUUGGAACAAAGUAACGAAACACAACAACUAAUGCAGAAUGAGAGGGAAGAUGAGGAGCAGAAGGUUUCUCCAUCAGCAACCUCUCCGGUAACUAGUAAUAAACUGUCGAGUGGUGCAGCAAGUCUUACUUCUAAAAAUGCUCAGGGCUUCUCAAACACAGCCAACAGUCUUAAUGAUUCCACUAAAAUGUCGUAUGUCAAUGAAAGAAGACAACAUCGUGACUUCAUGCGUUCCUACAAUAAUAGGCCUAAACAUAUACCUAAAGAAACACCAGAUGUCAAGCACAUGGAGAAGGCUCUUUUAGAUUUACUUGAAGAUUUCCACACAGGAAAAUUGAGUGCAUUUAGUACAGGUUGUAGUAUGGAACAAAUGGUUAAUGUUAGGGAUCAGCAAGAGCAUUUGGCUCGGCUGCAUUUUAAAUUAUAUGGUGAUCCAGAGAAACCAUCUGAGGACAAUUUUGAAAACUCUUCACCAAAAGAUAAGAUGACUCAACUUGUACAGAGUUUAGAGCAAUUAUCUGCAUCAAUUGAACGUUUGCAGUCAGAUGAAGCUGUUAGUUCUAGUAAUGAUAAAAAAGAGUCAUAAAGACCAAAACUUUUUUUUCAUUUCUUUCUGGAUAUGUAUAUAAAGAUAAAUAAUAUAGUUGAAAUAUGUCUUAUUAAAUGAACAGUUUCUAUAAAAAGCAGGAUGUUACUUAAUAAAAUUGUUGUAAUAAACUCCAGUUGAACAAUUUAUUAAACUAUUUCAGAUUUGAAUAAUUUUUCUUAAAUAAUUUUAUGGCCUUCUAGAUUCCCUUAAAUUUAAUAUAUUAUAGUA